CGGCGGGAGCCCGGGCGCCGAAAUGCUUCCCGGUUGUGCGCGUGAGCGAUGCGCGGGCUGCUGUCUCUGACCCACACUGUCGCCUUGGCCGCCGUGCGCUGUAGCCGCGGCUGUUGCGGGCUGCGGAUGUUCUAUGCCGUGAGAAGGGGCCGCAGGACCGGCGUCUUUCUGACCUGGGAUGAGUGCAGAGCUCAGGUAGACCGGUUUCCUGCUGCCAGAUUCAAGAAGUUUGCCACAGAAGAUGAGGCCUGGGCCUUUGUCAGGAAUUCUACGAGCCCAGGUGGUUCAGAAGGGCAGAAAAAUAAAGAUGUAAAAGAAUCACAAAUUAAAGCUAGCAAGCGACUCUGUGAGCCAUUUGAUGAAGAUGGAGAUGACAGCACAGAGCCGUGUGCAAAGCAUGUCAAGCAGAACACAGAGCUGGCCCCUUCUGUUGGCAAAGACACAUUUUCUUAUAUGGGAGACUUUGUCAUUGUGUACACAGAUGGCUGCUGCUCCAGUAACGGGCGGAGGAGAGCGCGAGCUGGAAUUGGCGUCUACUGGGGGCCAGGCCAUCCUCUAAAUGUAGGCAUCAGACUUCCUGGGCGACAGACAAACCAAAGAGCAGAAAUUCAUGCAGCCUGCAAAGCCAUUGAACAAGCAAAGGCUCAAAAUAUCAGUAAAUUGGUUCUGUACACGGACAGUAUGUUUACCAUAAAUGGUAUAACUAACUGGGUUCAAGGUUGGAAGAAGAAUGGGUGGAGGACAAGUACGGGGAAAGAGGUGAUCAACAAGGAGGACUUCGUGAUGCUGGAGAAACUCACGCAGGGCAUGGACAUUCAGUGGAUGCAUGUUCCUGGACAUUCGGGAUUUAGAGGCAAUGAAGAAGCUGAUAGAUUAGCAAGAGAAGGAGCUAAGAAAUCUGAAGACGGAACAAAGUGACUUUAGUACUUGAAAAAACUUGAGCCAGUGGCUGUUUUGCUCCUUUUACUUACUGGUGUGGAAAACAGAGUGUGGCUGGACUAUCACAGUGGGUGAGCACACAAAUCACACUGAAUCAGGGAGGUGUGAUGGCAUUCUUCGGUACACUCUGAUAAAAAAAGGUUAAAUGUUUAAUAAAUUGAAUAUCUUUGAGAUUUGAGGAUUAUGCUUA